AUGUCCUUCCAACGAGUGGGACUGCGCUUUGCCCAGCAGCUACGUGCACCCUCCCUCCGAACAACCCUCCAGCGACGCUUUGCGAGCACCUCCGAGAAGCUGCCUCCCACUGGAGCCAAGUUGGUCGGUCCAGCAGACAAUGCGUUCAACCGGGAAAGAGCUGCUGUGAAGGCCCACGCUGCAGCCACCAGUGAUUUAUGGCGCAGACUCUCCAUUUAUGUAGUCAUCCCUUGCCUCAUCCUCGGCAGCAUCAACGCUUGGAAUUUGUGGAAUGAACAUUGGGAGCACUGGGAACAUUUGCCUCCCCUGGAAGAGCGAGUUGAAUAUCCUUACCAGAACAUCCGAUCAAAGAACUUUUUCUGGGGAGAUGGUGAUAAGACCCUCUUCUGGAACGAAAAGGUCAACUAUCACAACAAGGACAAGGCCACAUAA